UGGCCCUCGAUCUUUUUAGGGCUUGAAAUUAUUGCUAACCGUGUUACCUUUAGCCACAGAGAUGCUGGUGGAUCCCCAUCCCUUUUUGAUCUCCUGGUCAUUCUAGGAAGAAAUCAUCAUGCCACUUUGGCCUUGGCAGACAUCCAUGCAGAACUAGAUUAUUCCCCUGGAGCAAUGGUCUAUAUUGCAGGGUGGGUGCUAGAACAUUCUGUUGGUCCCUGGCUUAAUGGAGAAUGA